CUGUGGCCAGCAGGGGGCGCUGCGCGUGCAGAGGACAUUUGAAUAUCAGUUCAAAAGAGUCAGAAAUAUGAAAAUAUAUUAACCCUAUAAUAUGUUUUCUCGUCGCUGACUCGAAAAUAAUGUCAAAUGUUUCAUGGGCUUUCAGCUGCGGCCCAUCUGAUACUUAUAUAUCAGAAAUAUGUAAUAACGAUAAACUUAUUUUUUAUAAAAUGAAAACACAAAUAUAAAGAAUUUGAAUUAAGGAUAUAAACAAUAUUUUGUAACAUGAACUAUAAACAAACAUCUUUUCUGCAUCGUUCAUUCUGUAAAAUAGAAGUUUUCAUAUCAGUUCUGACGAACCGUAGUGCGUUCAUGUUCAUCAGGAAACGUGUGUGUGCGUGUUUGUGUACGUGUACGGACGUUAACAUGUGAUCCUUUGCUUUCACUCAGUCUUUCUGAUCAUCAGUCGUUGACGACUCGACUGAACACGAUCGUGCCAAUAAAGCUGCUUUGAAUUUGAAUUUGGAGAAAGAACUAUCAGUCAAGCUAAACUCCGCCCCCUCCCCCAUACCUGAAAGGAGGUGAGACAAGUACGAGCGAGCUGGAGCGAGAGAGAGAGAGAGUCUGAGAACAACAGCAGGAACCAGAACAGACUCACCUGGACUUCACCUGGGCUUCACCUGGACUCUGGAGUUUCUUUGGCGUCGCUGCGUUGCCGUGGUGAUGUUCCGUCGCAGGAAGAGGAGGCGCCGGCCGGAGAUCUCGAUACCUCGAGACUUCCAGCACCGUGUGCACACGUCAUUUAACGCUGCCACGGGAUGUUACGUGGGUCUGCCGUCACAGUGGCAGAGUGUCAUCGACACGCUGAGGAGGCCCCGCCCCCUAGUGGACCCGUCCAGGGUCACCGAGGUCGAGCUCGGACCCAAGAAGACGAUUGUUCGCGGGAGCUUCGUCGGCCACGGCGACUACAUCAGUCACGUGAUCUCUGAGCUGAGCCGUCUCUCCGUCUCCAGCUCUAACUCUCUGCGCCGCAGCAGCCCGUCGGCACGGAAACGGGCCCGGUCGCUCGGGCGACUGGGAGAACUGCCGGAGGACGAUUCGUACCAGUACCAGGAGCUCAGUCGGCGUGGAGACGGCGGCGGAAGCUCCACCUACUGGCAGGACCGGAUCCGACGGGUCCGCAGCGAGGCCGGCCGCCCCGAACUGAACGGAGCUCCGCGAAGAGCCGAGUCCGAGGCCACGCCCCCCACCACUGGGACAGGUGUAUGUUACACCCACGGCAAGUGGGCGGGGCUCAGACAGAGGACGACUUCCUGUCAGGACAACCUGCAGCAUAGCGUGGAGACAGACGGCCGAGGCAUCAGUCACCUGCCCGACCUGCUGACCUCCUCCAGAGGAACUCCCAGAAGGCCUCACUCCUCUUAUGACCUCCACCUCCCCUCCCCCCUCCUGCUGCCUCCCCCCAACAGCACCAGCAGCCCCCUCAUCACAGGUCGUGGGUUACCUCCGCGCUCACUCCGCCCCUCCUCCAGCUUCAACAUAGUUCCACCGGGACUGCCAGCCCUGAACCACGAGCUGCCCUGCCCCUCGCCCCCCGGAUCACCGGGCCGCGCCCCCACCCGGCUCGACCCCUCGUCCGCCCAGCUGACGGUACUUGACGGAGGUCCUCAGAAAGUGACCCAUGAGCAGUUCAAGGCGGCGCUGCAGACGGUGGUGGAUCCGGGCGACCCGAGGACGACUCUGGAGAACUUUGUGAAGAUCGGGGAGGGGUCGACGGGCGUGGUCUGCAUCGCCCAGGAGAGACACGGCGGGCGGCAGGUGGCGGUGAAGAUGAUGGACGUGAGGCAGCAGCAGCGCCGAGAGCUGCUCUUCAAUGAGGUGGUGAUCAUGAGGGACUACAGGCACCGAAACGUGGUAGAGAUGUACCGCAGCGCUCUGGUGGAGGAGGAGCUCUGGGUGAUCAUGGAGUACCUGCAGGGCGGCACUCUCACCGACAUCAUCAGUGAGACCAGGCUGAACGAGCAGCAGAUGGCGACGGUGAGCGAAGGCGUCCUGCAGGCGUUGACCUUCCUCCACUCACAGGGGGUCAUCCACCGAGACGUGAAGAGUGACUCCAUCCUGCUGACACUGGACGGGAGGAUCAAACUGUCCGACUUCGGUUUCUGCGCUCAGAUCAGUGAUGAUGUUCCGAAGAGGAAGUCUCUGGUCGGGACUCCGUAUUGGAUGGCUCCCGAGGUCAUCUCCAAAACGCCGUACGGUACCGAGGUGGACAUCUGGUCUCUGGGCGUCAUGGUGGUGGAGAUGGUGGACGGAGAGCCGCCAUACUUCAGUGACACACCCAUCACCGCCAUGAAGAGGCUGAGGGACGAAGCCGCACCGAACGUGAAGAAUGUCCAGCGGGUGUCUCCGGUGUUACAGGACUUCCUGGGCUGCAUGUUGACGCGUGACGCGUUGCAGCGCCGCAGCGCCGCCGACCUGCUGCAGCACCCGUUCCUGCUGCAGGCUGGGUCGCCGCGCUGCCUGGUGCCCCUGGUGGAGCAGCAUCGCAAACGCACGUCGCUCUGCUGAGCAGCUGGGAGCCUGAGCCGAGAACCGCCUCCCGAUUGGCUGUGGACGUCAACCGCCAAUCACGUGCCAGUGUGGCUGCAGGUCCCUCCCAUCCCUGCUGCCCGUCAGACCUCCGUGAGCCAAUCAGGUGACGCCAGCAGCACGCCAACAGCCUGAACACUGAGUAGUGAUGUCAUAAGGGUCACCUGAAGAAACAAACAUAGUUUAAACAUGUGUUUGUGUGUGUGUGUGACGAAGCAGCUGUGUAGAACUCGACUACAUAUAAACAUUUUAUUCAAACAGAAAACUUGACUUUGUUAAUAAACUGAUUUUUAUUCUAAACUUUUCUAUCACAUCACUUGAAAAUGACAAGAUCAUAAAAUGUAGAAUAAAUGAUAAAGGAUUUAAUUUUUUCUUCAAAGAGUCGAUCAGCUGUUAUUGUAAAAACGUUCAAAUCAAAACAUCAAUAAAAAGAUUCAUGAUUCUC